CAUAUAUACACCAUAUAUGCUGAUUGCACUUUUCCAUCAAUCAUCAGUUUCUUGUUAUUCUUUUUUAUCUGUAUGAUAAGAGCGCCAUGGAGACAGGUCAAACCGUCACCCCGAUCCCGCUAUGGAAUAUUGUGGUGAUUGCAGCCAUUGCCGCCGGGAUCCAAUUCGGAUGGGCUCUGCAACUUUCUCUUCUAACCCCUUAUGUCCAAACCCUUGGUGUUCCUCACGUCUGGGCUGCUUUCAUUUGGCUUUGUGGUCCCAUCUCCGGCCUCGUCGUUCAACCCAUUGUAGGCUACAGCAGUGACCGUUGUACCUCUCGCAUCGGUCGUCGCCGACCCUUCAUUGCUGCUGGAGCUUGUUUCGUUGCCGUCGCUGUUUUCAUGAUUGGCUUCGCCAAAGACAUCGGUCACCGAUCUGGUGAUUCACUGCAAAAUCCCACAAAGCCUAGAGCCGUCGCCAUAUUCGUUACAGGUUUUUGGAUCCUCGAUGUGGCUAACAACAUGUUACAAGGUCCAUGCCGCGCUUUCUUGGCUGACCUUUCGUCGAAUGAUCAUAAAAGAAUGAGGAUCGCCAAUGCGUGGUUCUCGUUUUUCAUGGCUGUUGGCAACGUUUUAGGUUACGCAGCUGGUUCCUUCUCAGGUCUCCACAAGCUCCUACCCUUCACACAAACAACCGCCUGUGAUGUUUACUGUGCCAACCUCAAAACUUGUUUCAUAAUUGACAUUGUUUUCCUCCUGUCUAUUACAAUAACCGCCAUUACCACCGUGAAAGAGACACCAAUAACAAGAAAGGAAGCUGGAGACGAAGAGGACAACGAAGGAAGGUCAUCGGGGCGGGCUUUCUUUGCGGAGUUAGUGAUGGCAUUCAAGACCCUGAAAAAACCAAUGUGGUUCUUGCUUCUGGUGACAUGCCUUAAUUGGAUGGCGUGGUUUCCAUUCUUGUUGUACGACACUGACUGGAUGGGGGCGGAAGUAUACGGAGGGAAAGUGAAGGGGAGUGCAAGCCAACAAAAAUUGUACGACGAGGGAGUGCGUGCGGGUGCGUUGGGUCUAAUGAUAAACUCCAUAGUGUUGGCGUUCGCGUCGUUGGGGUUAGAGCCUGUGAGCCGGUUGAUAGGUGGAGUGAAGAACAUGUGGGGGGUGGUGAACUUGAUAUUGGCAGCAUGCUUGGCGGCGACGGUUUGGGUCACCAAGGUGGCGGAGGCAUGGAGGGGUGAACAUGGACCACAAAUCUUGACCCCUCCACCAACCAGCAUCAAAACCUCUGCCUUGGCUUUGUUUGGGCUGUUGGGUAUUCCACUUGCGGUAACAUUUAGCAUUCCAUUCGCAUUGGCAUCCAUCUAUUGCUCUGAAGAAGGUGGCGGUCAAGGUCUGUCUUUGGGAGUACUAAACUUGUCUAUAGUUAUCCCACAGAUGAUUAUAUCAGUGAUUAGUGGACCGAUAGAUGCAGCAUUUGGUGGCGGAAACUUACCAGCCUUUGUAUUGGGGUCUAUUUUGGCUGCCAUUAGUGCUUUAUUGGCAAUAUUUGCACUUCCCAAUCCCAAAACACAACUCUCUCUCAACUCAACCGGAAUGGCUGGAGCCCAUUGACCACUGUCAUGGAAGAAAGUGAGAUACUAUAUUGUUUCUUUUUUUCUUCAACUUUCUGGGAUCUACUCUCUUGUCAGAAUUUCCUAAUUACUGACUGAUGUAAGUUCUUGAAUGUGGCAUUAGCCUUCCUUGGCUCUUAAGUUUUAUGGCGAUAUUUAUAUUUUGAUUGUAGCACUAUGCUUUACUCCUUUCUAGAUAUGCUGCAAAUUAAAAUUUCAAAAUAUAUCAAAAUAAAAUUUUGCUUCUAAA